AUUUCUAGGCAAGUUUAUGUUUCUUAAGUAUCUGAAUCUUUCCCACAAUUAUUUCGAGGGUGAAUUGCCUAAAGAAGGGAUGCAAGUGGAAUUUCAAUUCUCGGAAUUGAUAGGGUUUGUGGUGGCAUCCCACAAUUACUUCUACCUGCAUGCUCCAACAAAAAGCCUCAUUCAUCUCAUGGACUACUUAAAGAAGUCAUUCCUAUAACUUGUGCACUUGCACUCGUAAUUGUGCUAUCGUGCUUCAUUGUUGCUCAUUCAAGACGCAAACUUGUAACUUUGUCUUCUCAUAAGGAUUGGAAAUUGGGUGUUUCUUACUCGAAGCUUGUUGAAUCAACUAAUGGGUUCUCCAUGGCCAAUCUUAUUGGCACGGGAAGUUUUGGUUCGGUUUACAAAGGCAUAAUCCCUAGCGAUGGAACUGUAGUUGCAGUUAAGGUAUUGAACCUUCAACAAGAAGGAGCUUUCAAUAGUUUCAUCUGUGAAUGUAAUGCUUUAAGAAGUAUAAGGCACCGUAAUCUUCUCAAGAUCGUAACUUUCUGCUCAAGCAUUGAUAAUCAAGGUAAUGACUUCAAAAGUUUAGUUUUCGAGUACAUGGAAAAUGGAAGUCUGGAUGCGAGGUUGCACCCAAUAGAUGAUGAGAACUCUGAAAUGAAGAGAUUGAGCCUUGUCCAAAGACUCAAUAUUGCAAUUGAUGUUGCUUCUGCAUUGGAUUACCUCCACCACCAUUGUGAUACGCCGAUUGUUGAAUGUAAUCUAAAGGUGGCUCAUGUUGGUGACUUUGGUUUAGCAAGGUUCCUCUUGAAGGCAUCUGAUGAUCCCUCUCAAAGUCAAACCAUGUCAACCGGGUUAAAGGGUUCAAUAGGUUACAUUCCUCCAGAGAACGGCACGGGAGGCCAAGUCUCUACACUAGGAGAUGUUUAUAGUUUUGGAAUAUUGUUGCUAGAAAUGUUCACGGGAAAAAGGCCUAUAGAUGACAUGUUCAAAGAUGGUCUAAGCAUUCACCAAUUCACAGCGAUGUCAAUGCAUGACCAUGUCUUGGACAUAAUUGAUCCUUUAUUGCUCAUUGAAGGCAAAGAUGACGAUGACAGAUGCGGCAAUGACGCACAAGAAAGACCAUUUACAAGAUAUCUUGAGCAAAACCCAGUUCAAGGAAGACGAUUGGAGGAAUGUUUGGUUUCAGUGAUGCAGUUAGGACUUGCAUGCUCUGCAACAACCCCAGGAGAUCGGAUGCUUAUGAACGUUGUUGUCAACAAAAUGAAGACAAUUAGAGACUCAUAUAUCUGAGUUCAAGAAGAAGAAGCAUUUUAUAAUUAUAUAGAAGAAUUAGGGAAUAAUUUGUUUAGUUUAUGCUCUUAUUUGUCUUGGCUUACUCCACACUAAGCACUAUGUACGUAUUUC